AUGGUGGACACGGGGGGCCUGGACAACCUGAUCGCCAGCACGGCCUACCUGCACGCCCGCAAGCCCUAGGACUGCAACAGCCGGGAGCUGCGGCGGUGGCGCUGGAGCCUGGCGCUGCCCGGGCCACAGGACUGUGCCGAGCUCCGCCGUGAGCUGGUUCUCCGCUUCGACACCCUGUGCGAGCUGCAGCCCAUCGGCCUCCGCCUCUUCCGAGACUUCCUGGCCAAGGUGCCGGUGUACCGAGAGGCAUCCGCCUUCCUGGAGGAGGUGCAGGCCUGAGAGUUGUCCGAGCCCGGGCCUGCCAAGGACGUCGCACUGCAGGGGCUGCUGGCCACUUGUGUCCCUUCCCCAAGUGGCCCACACCCCUUCCUCAGCCUGGCACUGGUCACCAGGUGCCAAGCAGCCACCACCAAAGAAGAGUGUGUGGCCGUAGUGCCCCUAGCCAAGGCUGGGGCCAUGGGCUUCUUGCAGGAGCAGCCCUUCAGGGACUUCCUGGCCAGCCCCUUCUACGACAAAUUCCUGCAGUGGAAGCUCUUUGAGAUGCAGCCAAUAUCCAGCAAGUACUUCAUCGAGUUCCGAGUGUUGGGGAAAGGUGGUUUUGGGGAGGUGUGUGCCAUCCAGGUGAAAAACACUGGUAAGAUGUAUGCCUGUAAAAAACUGGACAAGAAGCGGCUGAAGAAGAAAAAUGGGGAGAAAAUGGCUCUCCUGGAAAAGGAAAUCUUAGAAAAGGUGAACAUUUUCAUCGUCUUGCUGGCCUACGCCUUUGAGAGCAAGUCCCAUCUCUGCCUGGUCAUGACCCUGAUGAACGGGGGUGACCUCAAGUUCCACAUCUACAACGUGGGCACCCGGGGCCUGGCCUUGAGCCGGGUGGUCUUCUACUCAGCCCAGAUGGCCUGUGGACUGCUGGACCUCCACAGCCUGGGCAUCGUCUACCGGGACCUGAAGCCUGAGAACGUGCUGCUCGAUGACCUCGGUAACUGCAGGCUGUCUGAUAUGGGGUUGGCUGUGCAGAUCCAGGAUGACAGGCCUGUCACCCAGAGGGCUGGAACCAAUGGUUACAUGGCUACUGAAAUCCUCAUAGAGAAGGUGAGCUAUUCCUACCCUGUGGACUGGUUUGCGAUGGGAUGCAGCAUUUAUGAAAUGGUAGUUGGACGGACACCAUUCAAAGAUUACAAGGAAAAGAUCAGUAAAGAGGAUCUAAAGCAAAGAACUCUGAAAGAGGAGGCCAUGUUCCAACAUGAGAACUUCACAGAGGAGGUGAAAGACAUCUGUAGACUCUUCUUAGAAAAGAAACCAGAACAACGCUUAGGAAGCAGAAAAAACUCUGACGAUCCCAGGAAACACCCUUUCUUCAAUACCAUCAACUUUCCUCGUCUGGAAGCUGGCCUACUUGAACCUCCAUUUGUACCAGACCCUUACGUGAUUUAUGCCAAAGACAUUGAUGAAAUUGAAGAUUUCUCUGAGGUGCGGGGGGUGUUUGAUGACACAGAUAAGAAAUUCUUCAACAGAUUUGCAACAGGUGCUGUCCCCAUCACGUGACAGGAAGAAAUCCUAGAGUCAGGGCUGUUUGAGGAACUGAACGACCCCAACCAGCCAGCAGGUUACGGGAAGGAUAAUUCAUCCAAGUCUGAUGGUGUUUGUUAUUGUGAAUUGUCCCCCUACCAGCCAGAGUCUCAGCUGACAUGGUCCCCAAUUGUUCCAGCACUGCUGAAGGAGGCUGAUUAAUUAGAGGGGACAUCUCAGCCACAGGAUAGCUCAAA